AUGUUGGCGGCUCGCCGCCACGCCGCCUCCACCCCCUCUCCGCUCCUCCUCCGGCGCCUCUCCGCCCAGCCGCAACCCAAGGCCCCUGUGCCUCCACCUCCUCCGCCCCCGCCGUCGGACGAGGGGGCCGCAGCGUGGGCCCGUCGCGCGGUCGCGCUCUCGCUGCUGGGGCUCACCGGCGCCGUCGCCGCCAGCGCCUUCAGCGACCUCUCCGUCUUCCUCUCCUGCUCCAGCCAGGCAAUGGAGAAGGCUACCAAGAACCAGCAGGUAGCGAGCGCGAUCGGCGAGCCCAUCACGCGGGGUCCCUGGUACAGCGCGUCCAUCGCCGUGAACCGCGCGAGGCGCUCCGUCUCCUGCACUUUCCCUGUGUCGGGGCCCCAAGGCGACGGGCUUCUCAAGUUCAAGGCUGUUCGCUUGGGAGAGGAAUCAUGGUUUCGGUUUCUACAGCGCAGCGACUGGGAGAUACUCAUAAUGCACGCCAUCCUUGACGUUCGCACCGAAGAUGGGAAGCACCAAACAAUGAGGGUGAUGGUCGCAGACAACACGGCAGCUCCACCACCACCAGCUGACUGCAGGACAUGCAAGCCCCGUACAACGCCGACACCAAAGCCAAAGCCUACACCAGUGCCGACGCCGAUGCCUACAUCGGCGCCACCUCCGGCUCAGGAGAAGUGA